GCAGUGAUAUGUGUGUGUAGCAGUAGCUGGAUUAUGUAGUGAAAUGAAGGCUGUACACAUGGAUGAGGGGAAGAGGCGUUAGCCCGCACUUGUGAAAGGAGAUUAAAUCAAUCUGCUUAACUAUUCACGAGGUCUGGAAACAAGCUGCAUUAGCAGCUACAAGGAACACUCAGGAGAAUAUGUGCUCUCAUUCUGUUUUAUUUAUUGAAUAUACACCUACAGUGCAGGUUUUCAUCUGAGGUGUGUUGGCCAGAGAAGGCCCCUGCGGGGCUGAAAAGGAGGCACCAUGGGAGCGGGAGGACAGCUCAGACUCCUGCUGUGGAAAAACUUGACCAUCCGCAGGAGGCAGAGGAUUCGUUUUUUCAUGGAGAUCAUGUGGCCUGUGAUGCUGUUCAUGGGGCUGGUGUGGCUCAGACGGGUGAACCCGCUCUACCGUCAGCAUGAAUGUCACUUCCCUAACAAGGCCAUGCCUUCAGCCGGCAUCCUGCCAUGGAUCCAGGGAAUCUUCUGUAACGCCAACAACCCUUGUUUCCAGUACCCGACCCGCGGAGAAUCUCCCGGCCUGGUGUCUAACUACAACAACUCCAUACUGGCGCGACUCUAUUCGGAUGCUGAGGAGCUUCUUUUCAGCCAACCGGACUUUCAGCAAGUCGAUCGCCUCUGGAGGGAACUUAACGCCAUGAGUAACUUCAUGGACACUCUGCGUGCUCAUCCUGAAAGGGUCUCAGGUCGGGGAGUGAAGGUGGAGACGAUCCUGAAGGAUGACGAGACCUUGACGUCAUUCCUGCUGAGGGACAUUCCUCUCACAGAGUCUGUGGUGUACUAUCUAGUUAAUGCCCAAAUCAGGCCUGAACAGUUUGCUUUUGGGGUCCCUGACCUGCAUUUAAAAGACAUCGCCUGUAGCCUGAACCUGCUGGAGCGAUUCCUGAUCUUCCCAAACCGCAGAGGAGUCUACGCCGUCCGCAACGCCAUGUGCAUCCUGACUCCGCAACAGCUGCAGAUCAUUGAGGACAAGUUAUAUGCAAAUGUGGACUUUUUUAAACUCUUCCGGCUGCUUCCUCGUGUCUUGGACAAUUACUCCAAUGGCAUCGACAUUCACAUCUGGGUCCGGGUCGUCUCUGCCCUUUCAGACAAACUGCGAGAGUUCCUCCACAGGAGUAACUCCAGGGACUUUCUUCAGGUCAUGAGACCUCUCUUCCAGAAAAAUCUGUCCUUCAGGCAAGUGAUGACUGCAGCCUCGAACCUGAUAUGUGGCUACACUGAGGGGGCUUUCUCCCGAGUCACCUCCUUUAACUGGUACGAGGAUAAUAACUACAAAGCCUUUCUGGGGAUCGGCAGCGGCAGGUCCGAAGGAGACUACUCAUAUGACAACAGCACCACUCCUUUCUGCAAUGAUCUGAUGAAAGAACUGGAGUCCAACCCCGCCACCAGGAUCGUGUGGAACUCUGUCAAGCCAAUGCUGAUGGGCCGGAUCCUCUAUGCUCCAGACUCACCAGCCGUCAGGAAGAUCAUACGAAAUGCAAACACAACGUUCGAGGAGCUGGAGAGACUAAGGAGGAUGGGGAAGGCCUGGGAGGAGGUGGCUCCUCAGAUCUGGCAUUUUUUCCAAGAUGGAGUCCAAGUCAAGAUGAUCCGGGACACCAUCUCCAAUCCAUCCGUGAUGGAUUUUAUUGACAGAAGUCUAGAAAACGCACCGUUCUCCUCCAAACACAUCCUCAACUUCCUGCACAACGGCCCAUCGGAAGACCGACCAGACGACAUGCCGAAUUUUGACUGGCGAGACAUCUUCAACCUCACUGACAGGGUCAUACGGAUGCUCAAUCAAUAUGGAGAUUGCGUGAUCCUUGAUAAAUUCAUGGCUUUGCCUAAUGAGGAUGCCGUCACUCACCGGGCCUUGAACCUGCUGGAGGAUGGAAAGUUCUGGGCGGGUCUUGUCUUUGUCAACAUGCACUCUUGGACCACCGAUGUCCCGCCUCAUGUCAAGUUUAAGAUCCGUAUGGAUAUUGACGUCGUAGAGCGCACUAAUAAAGUCAAAGACAGGUACUGGGAUCCAGGCCCCAGGGCUGAUCCUUUGGAUGACCUCCGAUAUGUUUGGGGCGGCUUUGCUUACCUUCAGGACAUCAUUGACCACGGUAUCAUCAAGACCCAGACGGGAAAGGAGUGGCCUCUGGGUGUUUACCUCCAACAGAUGCCUUACCCCUGUUAUGUGGAUGAUCUCUUCAUGCUGACUUUGAACCGCUGCUUCCCCAUCUUCAUGGUCCUGGCCUGGGUCUACUCUGUGUCCAUGAUUGUGAAGAGUAUCGUUUUAGAGAAAGAACUCCGCUUGAAGGAGACCCUGAAAGCCAUGGGGGUCACAAAUGGUGUCAUUUGGUCCACCUGGUUUAUCGACAGCUUUAUCAUGAUGGGUACCAGCACAGCCCUCCUGACAGCCAUCAUUAUGGGAGGGAGGGUAUUGAACUACAGCAACCCCUUCAUCCUCUUCCUCUUUCUGCUGACCUUCACCACGGCAACCAUCAUGCAAUGCUUCCUCCUGAGUGUCUUUUUCAAUCAGGCCAACCUGGCUGCGGCCUGCUGCGGGAUCGUUUACUUUACCCUUUAUCUUCCGCACAUCUUCUGCUUCGCCUGGCAAGACCACAUCACCAAGGACAUGAAGAUCCUGGUGAGUCUGUUGUCCCAAGUGGCAUUUGGAUUUGGGACUGAGUAUCUAUCACGAUACGAGGAGCAGGGUAUGGGUCUACAGUGGGACAAUAUCCAGACCAGCCCCUUGGAGGGAGAUGAGUUCUCCUUCCUCACCUCAAUCUGCAUGAUGGGCCUGGACACUGUGUUGUAUGCAGUUCUGGCCUGGUACCUGGACAAUGUCUUCCCUGGACAGUAUGGAAUUGGUCGUCCUUUUUACUUCCCGUUACUUCCCUGUUAUUGGCUCAACAGUGUGGCUCCAGCUUCAGGGACUGACAGGUUGGAGUUGGAUAAAAAAGGCUUUGACAGUUUGGCAAACAAAGAACAAGGAGAGCAGCAGAAAAAAGCCGUGGAGGAAAAUCAGGAGCAAGAGAAGACGAUAGAGGACAUCCCUUCGUGUGAACACCAGGAUCAGCGUGAGAUGCUGGGGAAGGAAAACCAAGCUGAGCCUGAGGAAAACCAGGAUAAUGAUGAGCACACAUUCUUUGAGCCUGAGCCAACAGAUCUAGUGAAGGGAGUUUGUAUCAAGAACCUGGUGAAGAUGUUUGGGAGCUGCUACACCCCAGCGGUUGACGGCCUUAGCAUCAGCUUUUACGAAAGCCAGAUUACUGCCUUUCUGGGCCACAACGGAGCUGGAAAAACCACCACCAUGUCUAUCCUGACAGGAAUGUUCCCUCCCACCUCUGGGACAGCCGUCAUCUAUGGCAGGGACAUCCGCACAGACAUGGACAGCAUUCGUCAGUCUUUAGGAAUGUGUCCUCAACACAACAUCCUCUUUCAGCAUAUGACUGUUGCAGAGCACAUCCUCUUCUACUCACUACUAAAAGGUCGCCCCAUAGCCGAGGCUGAGGAAGAGGUGGAGAACAUGCUGCAGGAUCUGGGUCUUCCUCACAAGAGAGGCGAACUGGUCCAGAACCUCUCAGGGGGCAUGCAGAGGAAGUUAUCAGUUGCACUGGCUUUUGUUGGUGGUGCCAAGGUGGUGAUCCUGGAUGAGCCCACCUCUGGGGUGGACCCCUACUCCAGACGCUCAAUCUGGGACCUGCUGCUUAAAUACCGCGCCGGGCGUACAGUGAUUAUGUCCACCCACCACAUGGACGAGGCUGACCUACUGAGUGACCGGGUGGCCAUCAUCUCACAGGGUCGCCUCUACUGCUGCGGUUCCCCAAUCUUCCUCAAGAACUGUUUUGGUGCUGGCUUCUACCUGACUCUUGUACGCCAAAUGAAACCUGACACUCCCAAGACUGGCUGUGACUGCACACAGGACUGUUCCUGUAUAUGCUCAAAGUGUUCAAAGUUUAAAGCAGACCAGGAAGAGAGCCAACCUCCGGACAGACAGAUGGAUGGUAACAUGGAGAGCAUCACAGCCUUGGUCCACCACCAUGUUCCACAGGCUCGUCUCAUUGAAGCCAUUGGCCAGGAGCUCACUUUCCUGCUCCCGAAUCAUAACUUUCAGCCACGGGCCUAUGCCAGCCUCUUCAGAGAGUUGGAGGAAACCCUCUUGGACAUCGGCCUCAGCAGCUUUGGAGUGUCUGACACAUCUUUGGAAGAGAUCUUUCUAAAAGUUACUGCAGAUGGAAAAACAUCCAACAAGAAAUGUAUUCAAGAUAAAAAAUCAUUGCAACAGCUUUCUCGAGCUAGUCUCUGUGGAUUCAACAGAGUGUCUGUUGAUGUGGAAGCAGGACAAGCAUCUAAUGGCCAGGGCCCAUGUGAUAACUCUGAGGGUAGUGCCGGCAGGGGGUCCUACCAGGUCCGAGGCCUCUGUCUGAUCAUCAAACAGUUCUUUGCUCUGCUGAUCAAGAGGCUACACCAUGCCACACGCUCCUACAAAGACUUUAUAGCCCAGAUCAUGCUCCCAGCCAGCUUUGUCUUUCUGGCACUGAUGUUUACUCUCAUUGUCCCACCUUUUGGAGAGUAUCCCAGCCUAACUCUCACUCCCUGGAUGUACGGGCGACAGUACACCUUCUUUAGCAAUGAGCGUCCCAUGGAUGCUCAGAUGAGAUACUUUGCUGAGGUGCUGCUGGACAAGCCUGGUUUUGGGACUCGUUGCAUGGUGGAUGAACCACUGGAAGAUUUCCCAUGUAACAACAUCACCACAGAGUGGGAGAUGCCUUUGGUGAACCCUGCUUUGAUAGAAAUGCUGGAGAGCACUCAGUGGGACUCCUUUAGACCAUCUCCAACAUGUCAGUGCAGCAUGCCCAAGAAACUCACCAUGCUCCCCGUUUGUCCUGAAGGGGCUGGAGGCCUGCCACCUCCACAGAGGAUCCAGUCAACAGGAGAUGUUCUGAUGGACCUGACUGGUAGGAACAUCUCUGACUACCUGGUGAAAACCUACCCCACUCUAAUUAGAACCAGCUUGAAAAGCAAAUAUUGGGUCAAUGAACAAAGGUAUGGAGGUAUAUCAGUGGGAGGACAGCUUCCUGUUUUAGGAGUACAACCAAAUACCAUCCAGGAUUUAGCAGCUCAGCUUGGACGACUUCUCAAUGUUACUGGGGGCCAACAUUGCAAACAAACCUUGAAGGAUGUAGGGACAUUCCUCAGGUACAUGGAGACUCCAAACAAUGUCAAGGUGUGGUAUAACAAUAAGGGCUGGCAUGCCAUGGUAUCUUUUAUGAAUGUAGCCAACAACGCCAUUCUCCGGGCAAACCUGCCUAAAGGAGCUAAUUUGGAUCGAUAUGGAAUCACUGCGAUCAACCAUCCUCUGAAUCUCACCAAAGAGCAGCUCUCUGAGAUCACUGUUCUCACCACAUCAGUGGAUGCAGUGGUGGCCAUAUGUGUCAUAUUUGCCAUGUCCUUUGUCCCAGCCAGCUUUGUCCUCUAUCUCAUCCAGGAGAGAGUCACUCAGGCCAAACACCUGCAGUUCGUCAGUGGUGUCAGUCCACUGGUUUAUUGGAUGGCCAACUUCCUAUGGGACAUGGUGAAUUACUCCAUCAGUGCAGCCAUGGUAGUGAAAAUCUUCAUGUUCUUUGAUAAGAAAUGCUACACCUCACCCACCAACCUGCAGCCACUUAUCGCCCUGCUUAUGCUUUAUGGCUGGUCUGUAACACCCAUGAUGUACCCCAUGUCCUACAUCUUCAGCAUCCCCAGCACAGCCUAUGUCUCUCUGUCAUGCAUCAAUCUCUUCAUCGGCAUCAACAGCAGCGCCAUUACCUUCAUCCUGGACCUGUUUGAGAGCACCACAGCUUUGUACAGACUGAAUCAGGUGUUAAAGGCAGCUCUGCUCAUCUUUCCUCAUUACUGCCUGGGCCGAGGUCUCAUCGACAUGGCCAUGAACCAGGCUGUGACUGAUAUCUACGCUCGAUUUGGUGAGGACUACAGUCCAGACCCCUACAGCUGGAACUUCCUAGGGAAGAACUUGUUCUGCAUGGCUGUAGAGGGAUUUGUCUAUUUCAUCUUAAACAUCCUUUUCCAGUAUCGCUUCUUCCUGGAUCAUUGGAUUCCAGAUGGCCCAAAGCCUCACAUUUUAGACGAAGACGUAGAUGUGGCUGAGGAAAGACAGCGAAUCCAUCAGAGUGGAAAAACAAAUGACAUUUUACGCAUAAAAGACCUAUCCAAGACGUACACAGGAACAAUCAUACCUGCAGUGGACCGAAUGUGUAUUGGAGUAUCACCUGGAGAGUGCUUUGGUCUCCUGGGGGUAAACGGAGCAGGGAAGACCACAACAUUUAAGAUGUUAACUGGGGAUAUAGAUGUCACUUCAGGAGAGGCUUCAGUUGCUGGUCACAGCAUUUUGACCAAUAUCCUGGACGUCCAUCAGAACAUGGGUUACUGCCCACAGUUUGAUGCUAUAGAUGAGCUGCUAACGGGCAGAGAACAUCUACACCUGUACGCCCGCCUCCGUGGGGUCCCAGAGUCUGAGAUCAGCAAGGUAGCAGAAUGGGCCAUUCAGAAGCUGGGACUCUCAGAGUAUGCAGGUCACAGUGCUGGGACCUACAGUGGAGGUAACAAGAGGAAACUGUCCACUGCCAUUGCCAUGAUUGGAUGUCCUGCUCUGGUGCUGCUGGAUGAGCCUACUACAGGUAUGGACCCUCUCUCUAGACGGUUUUUGUGGAACUCCAUCAUGAGUGUAAUUCAGGACAGAAGAGCAGUGGUCCUCACCUCACACAGUAUGGAGGAGUGUGAAGCACUGUGUACCCGCUUAGCCAUUAUGGUCAACGGAUCCUUCAAAUGUCUGGGAACCAUUCAGCAUCUUAAAUACAAAUUUGGUGAUGGCUAUGUGGUGACCAUGAAAAUCAGGGCAGCUAAGCCUGGUUGUGCUGUGGACCUGAACCCUGCUGAAGCUUUCAUGGAGAGCACUUUCCCUGGCUGCAUUCAAACAGAGAAACACUAUAACACCCUACAGUACAAGAUCUCUUCCUCUUCGCUUGCAAGGAUCUUUCAAAUGGUCCUGGGUAACAAGGAUAAGCUCAAUAUAGAAGACUACUCUGUGUCACAGACCACGCUCGACCAGGUGUUUGUGAAUUUUGCCAAGCAACAGUCAAGAGAAGAUGACACAAUUGUAUUGCAUCCAAAAGCUGCUGGAGCGCAGCGUUACAUUGAUACCACACCCGUCAAGUCUUUAAGGAAGUGAACUUGCUUUAGUGAGAUGAACUGGAUGAGAGCUGUUGGUUUUUAAUACCACUGUCCUGUGGAGUUGUCUGCACUUUGGAGGAUUACAUUGACAGAAACAGAGACAUCUUUCCAACAUUGAUAAGAUCUGUGAAUGCAUCAGUUUUGGAUACUAAAAACCACAGAGGAUGAACUUGCAUCAUUAAACGUUGGGUGUAAGAGAUCGGCACUUUCAAUCUGGAGGAGCCUUUAAAAUGGGGCAUUUGCUCGUUUAUUUGUGUUAUAAACCUAACCAUAGAGCAACUCAAAGAGAAAGCCCUUUAAAUUGAUUUGAUAUUGCACAUGCUUUUCUUUGCUUUUCCAGUUAACAGGGUUAGUGAGCAUUUAUGUGCCUGCUAUAUGUUCCACGUUCUGCUCACCUUGUAGGCCUUGUAAACUAAAUGCAACAGAUUUAUAUGAAAAAGACUGCGACUUUUAUAUAUCAGGUUGUUAGAUAGCUUAGGUCCUUUUGAAUAUUUUUUUUUGCUUCAGAUGCCAAGCAAGAUUGUCUUUAAUUGCCUUUUUAAAUGUGAAAAAAGCACUCAGACAAGCAUAGCUUUAGCACUUUAUUGCAUCACAAUUUUGACCAAGAUGUUGGCAAUAUGCUAAUGCAAUACUGCUGAUAAUUAUUCCAAAAUCAAACAUCUCUUUGCCGCUGUUACACAUUUCCACAUGAUGUGACAUUUUGGUUUCCAUGUAUUACAUUUUCUUUUACAUGUCACCAUACACAUGUUUAACUUUUGUCUUCACAUCACCAUCACUUGGUGUCAUUACAGGAAGAUGACACACAAUGUUUCUAUGUCAAGCAUCAUUUAAAAUAAAGUUGGAUUUUUCUUUAA